AGAUCCUUUCAGUAGGACACAAUUUGAAGCUUCUGACUUUCUUUGAGGUUUUAAAACUACUGCAGGUAAACACUAAUAGACCUGGAACAAGAGGCAAACAGGAAGGAAAGAGAAAUUGUCAUGGCUUCCUCCAGCAGUCUACUGUGUGAAGAUCAGCUCCAGUGUUCCAUCUGUCUGGAGGCGUUCACUGAUCCAGUCACGACUCCAUGUGGACACAACUUCUGUAUGAUCUGUCUCACAGAGUUCUGGGACAGCAGUUCACAAUGUCAGUGUCCAGCAUGUAAAACGAAUUUUGCCGAAAGACCGGAGAUAUGUGUGAAUACGUCCAUCUCUGCCCUUGAUGCUCCAUUUAAGAAGGCAGUUCAGGUGAAAUCCAGCAGUGCUGCAGAAAACCCCACACAAUCUGUGGUGCUCUGUGACAUCUGCUGUGAGAAGAAACUUGUAGCCGUGAAGUCCUGCCUGAUCUGUAUGACGUCUUAUUGCAAGACUCACCUGGAACGUCACGAAAGAGUUUCUUCAUUAAAGAAACACAAACUGAUGGAUCCUGUGGAGAACCUGGAGUACUACAUCUGCCAGAAACAUGAGAGACCCCUGGAGCUGUUCUGUAGAGAUGAACAGACGUGUGUGUGUCAGUUCUGUACUGAGACAAACCACAACACUCACAACACUGUUUCUAUAAAGGAGGAGAGUGAAGACAAGAAGACUGAGUUGGGAAAGAUACAAACUGAAGUUCAGCAGAUGACCCAGGAGCGAGUGAAGAGGAUUGAGGAAAUCAAAGACACUGUUGAGCUCAAUAAAAAAAACACAGAAAAGGAGAAAGCAGACGUUAUGGAGACCUUCAGUGCUCUGAUGUGCUGCAUUGAGAAAAGCCAGACUGAGCUGCUUAAAAUGAUGAAGGAGAAGCAGAAAACGGCAUGGAUGCAGGCUGAAGAGUUCAUUAAAGAGCUGGAGCAGGAAAUCACUGAGCUAAAGAGGAGAAACACUGAGCUGGAGCAGCUCUCACGCACUGAGGACCACCUCUACUUCCUACAGAUUUACCCGUCACUGUGCAGCCCUCCACACACCCAGGACUGGACUGACAUUAUAAUUGACCCUCAUCUGAGUGAGGAGACUCUGAGGAGAGCUCUGUCUCAGCUUCAGGAAACUCUCAUGGAUGUGAAUCUGGAUCCUGAUAGAGUGAGUCCUUAUUGUCAUGACCCAGAGGCCACAGCGAAAUCCAGCAGCACUGCAAAAGAACCCACACAGUCUCUGGUGCCCUGUGAUGUCUGCAGUGAGAAGAAACGUGCGGCCGUGAAAACCUGCUUGAUCUGCAUGACGUCUUACUGCAAGAUUCACCUGGAACUUCAUGAGAGGGUUUCUUUAUUAAAGAAACACAAACUGGUGGAUCCUGUAGAGAACCUGGAGGAGUACAUCUGCCUGAAGCAUGAGAGACCCCUGGAGCUGUACUGUAGAGACGACCAGAUGUGUGUGUGUCAGUUCUGUCUUGAGGGAGAGCACAAAACUCAUGACACUGUUCAUAUAGAGAAGGAGAGUGGAGAGAAGAAGACUGAGUUGAGAAAGGCACAAGUGGAAGUUCAGCAGAUGAUCCAGGAGCGAGUGAAGAAGAUUGAGGAAAUCAAACAUGCUGUAGAACUCAAUAAAAAAAACACAGAGAAGGAGAAAGCAGACAUUGUGGAGAUCUUCAGUGUUCUGAUGCGCUGCAUUGAGAGAAGCGAGACUGAGCUGCUUAAGGUGAUGGAGGAGAAGCAGAAAGCAGCAGAGAGGCAGGCGGAAGUGUUAAUUAAAAAGUUAGAGCAGGAAAUUACUGAGCUAAAGAGGAGAAACACUGAGCUGGAGCAGCUCUCAUGCACUGAGGAUCACCUCCACUUCCUACAGAUUUACCCGUCAAUGUGCAGCCCUCCACACAUCCAGGACUGGACUGACGAUGUCACAAUUAACGCUCAUCUGAGUUUGGAGACUCUGAGGAGAGCUCUGUCUCAGCUUCAAGAAACUUUCAGUAAGGAAAUACAGAAAGCUGAAGAGAUAGAACUGAAGAGAAUUCAACAAUAUGCAGUGGAUGUGACUCUGGAUCCUGAUACAGCUCAUCCUAAACUCAUGCUGUCUGAUGAUGGGAAACAAGUGAAACAUGGAAACAAUAACCAGACUGUCCCUGAUGAUAACCCAGAGAGGUUUAAUCAUUGUAUCUGUGUGUUGGGAAAGGAGGGAUUCUCCUCAGGGAGAUUUUACUAUGAGGUGCAGGUCAGAGGGAAGACUGCAUGGGAUUUAGGAGUGGCCAAAGAGUCCAUUAACAGGAAAGGGGAGAUCACAGCCAGUCAUGAAAAUGGUUACUGGUGUGUGUGUCUGAGGACUGAGACUAAAUAUCAAGCUUGGGACUCUCCUCCUGUCUCCCUCUCCAUGAAACAAAUUCCUCAGAAGGUGGGGGUGUUUGUGGAUUAUGAGGAGGGUCUGAUCUCCUUCUAUGAUGUUGAUGCAAAAUCUCAUAUCUACUCAUUCACUGGUCAGAAUUUUACUGAGAAACUUUAUCCAUACUUCUGUCCCUGUCACAAUGAUGGAGGCAAAAAUUCAGCACCACUGGUCAUCUGUCAAAGAAACCAUAUUUGUGAACCUGGAAUGACCAUGACUGAAUAGAGGAGGUGGUCUGAGACACCACUUAUUAGCCACCUACAAUGCAGUUCUUGGCACGUUUCUCAGAAAACUGAAUACACAUCCACACCAAAACUCAGCUGAAUUCAAUGACUCACAUGAUUGCAAAGAGAACCAAUAACCCACAGAUCACCCUAACGACCCUCUAGGCUGCUCACGCCAUUCAGACCCGGCCUCCAGUGACCCAAACAACCUACAGGAUGACUGAGAGGGUCAAAGACCCAUGUGACCUCAACGACUCCUUACGGUUACUUCUGGGCCACUAGAGGAUAAAUACCUGGAA